ACGAAGAAGUGCAGUUUCUUGUCGGUGUUUAAUGACGUAUUGUAUCCCGAUGACCGUGAGCUGUUUGACAUGUUAGAAGGAGCGAAAACGUGCUAACAACAAAAAUGAUGAAUUUAUCGGCGUUAGUGCACAGCCUCAGAUGCUCUUUGCUCCACAUUGAAAGCAGACUGCUGCAGGCAGCGGGACUAACAUUAGACAGACAGCUGGCUCCAGCGCUGGCAGUGAACGGCCCCAGUCUGCUGCCUCAGCUUCAGCCUGAGGUCGAGGAGGAGCUGGAGGAGCAGCAGAGUCUGGAGCAGCCUCCUGGCAUCCUGGACGGCAUCCUGUGGAUGGCAGUACCUAAGAAGAGACGCACCAUAGAGGUUAACCGAACCAGGAGGAGAGCUGACGCCAAACUCCUAAAAGUCAAGAAUAACAUUGAGCCGUGUCCAGAGUGUGGCCAUCUGAAGCAGAAACACAUCCUGUGUGGCUUCUGUUACGCUAAGGUGUGCAGGGAGACUUCUCUGAUUCGCCAGCAGAUUAAAGCAAUGGAAGGCGGUCCGCUCAGGGCACCGGCUACAGAGACUGUCGUCCUGUAUGAAGGCGAGACACCAAGCCAGCAGGACAAAGACAAGAGGAUAGUGGAGAGAUCCAGGAAGCGGCCUGCCUGGUUCAGCCAGUGAUGCUGAGUUAUUACAGCUGUAUGUAGAUGCAUACCUUCAGUUUGAUGCAGGUCUGGUCAGAUACACACAGAUUCUCUAUGUGAUAUACUCAGCAGCAUAUUCUGCCUGAUCUGUUGUUCAGUAAAUAUGAGAUGUUGAUCCAUCAGUUGUUUUUUCUACAAACAAAAUCCAUAAAGUGAUCUGUUUUUUCAUGUUAGAUCAGCACUGAUACCGGGAGCCUUGAUAAAUGAAUAUCAGACAUAAACACAGUUAUGGAAGGAAACACUGCUGCAGGUCAGGACAGCUUGACUUAUCUCUGAAUAUCCUGAACUAUAUCAUUAAUGUGCGGGUAAAAAAAUCCUCAAAAAACAACAUAUUAGUUUUUUUUUUUUUGGUCAUUGUUUCCACUGAUUCUUACUUAAUGUAAAGAAUGUCAGAUUUUCAACUGAAAGAAAUGUACUGUAUCUUAUUUUAUGUUUGACAAUAAAUCUAUUAUUUGAAAAUGAAAAAUCA